UGGUCCCCUCCCCCUCUCCGCCGCCGGCUCCAGAUCUGAUUCCUGAUCCCCGAUUGCUGGGUCCUGGGUCCCCGCCAUGGGAGCCUGAGCGCCCUGCCGUCCCCCCCCCCGGCCCCCUUCCCCCGGGGCCUCGAGGGGGAAAACAGGCGAGUGGUCUGGGACCGAGCCGGGGUGAGCGACCUCAGGAGCCCCCCUCGUCCACCCCCCGUCGCCCGCGCUGCCGGUUCUGGAGCGCGGAGUUCGGAACGACCCGGUGCGCUGCGGAUACAAAGGCGCGGAGCGGAGCGGGGCGUGCGCCCAGUCCACCCGGCUGUUCGCAGCGGCGGGGAGCUGUCGCUUGAAUUUCUCUGAGAUAAGCCCACUCGUCCAGCAAAAUAGAGUCCCUCAGGGUGACGGUUGACUUCCUAAAGGUGCCUCUUGGCCUGAAGAAGCCUGUGCUGAAGGAGGUGGCUGUGGGGCCCCCCAAGAGGCCCCAGCCCGCGGCCCUGGAGCGCUACAAGGCACGGCGUUCAGACGCCAUGGACACCGAGUCCCAGUACUCGGGCUAUUCCUACAAGUCGGGCCACUCCCGCAGCUCCCGGAAGCACAGGGACCGCCGGGACCGACACCGCUCUAAGAGCCGGGAUGGGAGUCGAGGAGAUAAAUCAGUGACGAUCCAGGCUCCGGGAGAGCCCCUGCUGGACAAUGAGUCCACGAGGGGGGAUGAGCGGGAUGACAACUGGGGAGAAACAACAACGGUGGUCACUGGCACUUCUGAGCACAGUAUCUCCCAUGAUGACCUCACGCGCAUCGCCAAGGACAUGGAGGACAGUGUCCCCUUGGAUUGUUCCCGCCACCUGGGCGUGGCGGCAGGGGCCAUUCUGGCAUUGCUCUCGUUCCUCACCCCGCUGGCUUUCCUGCUGCUGCCCCCAUUGCUGUGGCGGGAGGAGCUGGAGCCGUGUGGGACCGCCUGUGAGGGCCUCUUCAUCUCCGUGGCCUUCAAGCUGCUCAUCCUGCUGUUGGGCAGCUGGGCUCUGUUCUUCCGCCGGCCCAAGGCCUCACUGCCCCGAGUCUUCGUGUUACGAGCUCUGCUCAUGGUGCUUGUCUUCCUGCUCGUUAUCUCCUACUGGCUCUUCUACGGCGUGCGCAUCUUGGACGCCCGGGAGCGCAGCUACCAGGGCGUGGUUCAGUUUGCUGUUUCGCUAGUGGAUGCCUUACUCUUCGUGCACUAUCUGGCCGUAGUUCUGCUGGAGCUGCGUCAGCUCCAGCCCCAGUUCACGCUCAAGGUCGUGCGAUCCACUGAUGGGGCCAGCCGCUUCUACAAUGUCGGCCAUCUCAGCAUCCAGCGAGUGGCAGUGUGGAUCCUGGAGAAGUAUUACCAUGACUUCCCUGUCUACAACCCCGCCCUCCUCAACCUGCCCAAGUCCGUCCUGGCCAAGAAAGUGUCUGGCUUCAAGGUGUACUCUCUCGGAGAGGAAAACAGCACCAAUAACUCCACGGGCCAGUCAAGGGCCGUGAUCGCGGCUGCGGCACGGAGGCGCGACAACAGCCACAAUGAGUACUACUACGAGGAAGCCGAGCACGAGCGCAGAGUGCGCAAGCGCAGGGCCAGGCUCGUGGUGGCUGUGGAGGAGGCCUUCACGCACAUUAAGCGGCUGCAGGAGGAGGAGCAGAAGAACCCCAGGGAGGUGAUGGACCCCCGGGAAGCAGCCCAAGCCAUCUUUGCAUCCAUGGCCCGUGCCAUGCAGAAGUACCUUCGCACUACGAAACAGCAGCCUUACCACACCAUGGAGAGCAUCCUUCAGCACCUGGAAUUCUGCAUCACCCACGACAUGACGCCCAAGGCCUUCCUGGAGCGAUAUUUGGCCGCUGGACCCACCAUCCAGUACCACAAGGAACGUUGGCUGGCCAAACAGUGGACCUUGGUGAGCGAAGAGCCAGUGACCAAUGGGCUUAAGGAUGGCAUUGUGUUCCUCUUAAAGCGCCAGGACUUCAGCUUGGUAGUGAGCACCAAGAAGGUGCCCUUCUUCAAACUCUCCGAGGAAUUUGUGGAUCCCAAGUCACAUAAGUUCGUCAUGCGGCUGCAAUCGGAGACCUCUGUGUGACUUGUGCAGCAGCCAGGGGAGGAGGGGUGUGGGAGUUCCUGCAGAGUGGGAGGGGCUUGGUUCUCUGGCCCUGACACAUUUCUGCCGUCCUACUUCCUCUUGCUCUUAUUUGUUUUUGGUUUGGUUUUGUUUUGUUCUUGGUUGUUUUUUUUU